AGAAGACGAUUUCAGACCGGGGGUCGUGAUUCACGACCACAACACCGACCACGACCACAACACCGACCACGACCGAGGGAUUUACUGAAGUCUCUAUAGCGCGGGAGAACAGAGAGACAGGGGAUGAGUCGUAGCCAUUGCCGAGUUUAGUUUCUGCAAACCCUAGAAUUUCGGGUUCUCUCUUUUGAUAACCCUAUCUCCAUUUCUAUUUAUUCGGUACCUAUUUUUAUUGAUUUCUUCCCCUUUAUUUUUGUUGUUUUAAUUUGUUCAGAAGCAAUCUUGAGAUUCUAGGGGCGAGGGUUCAGGAAAGGGAAAUCUCAAUUCUUAUCUGAUCUCUCUGCUUCUCUCUCUCUCUCUCUCGAUUGUUCUUUAUUGUCUUCGUCUUUGAUCCCGGAGCUAAGAGAAGGCUUUCAAAUCAGGGCGAUUGUUCUUUAACGUCUUUGAUCCCUGAGCUAAAAGAGAAGGGCCUCCUUAUUAGGGAUGGGUAGAGAGAGUGAGAGAGAGAGGUGUUUGGAGUGGUGGGAGGAGGUGAUGUUUCUCCUGCGAAGAGUUUGGAGCCGCACUGCUACACGUCUUGGUAUUCGUAAGAGCGGGCUAUUGAAGCUCCGGCAUGAUGUAAGUGAAUGCGAGUACGAAGAUGUGCAUGUGAUGUGGGAUAUGCUGAAGAAAACAGACACAGAACUUGGUCGAUCUCCAUCCAAGAAACAAAAGAGAGCCCUUUUGAAGUUUCUCAUGUGGGCCAGAAAUUCUACCUGUCUCUGUCGUUCCUCUUGAUCUACCAGUUGAUGAUCAUCCAAUAGUUUCCUGACUCCUGAGUCAUCAUGAAUGUUGAUAGACUUCCCAGUAGAAAGGAUAGAAAGAGACAGAUGGGAUUCACCCUUCUCUUCUGGUUGGCGCUUGUAGAUAUCGCCCCUUCCCACUUCUUAUUGAUCAAUAAAUAUUAAGUUUCUGUGGCUUCUA